AUGUUACAGAGUGUGUUUGGGUGUGAACGUACCUCAUACAAGUUGAGACACACCAACAAUGGCUGGCAUGGGAGUGUUCGUAGUGCCAGACGCUUGAGACAUUCCGAGCUCUUCUCCAAGGAUGAGAAGGACGCCCUCUUCCCACAUUGGUUGAAGAAAAGUGGUUGCUUAAAACAGAUGAAAUCUCUGGUGAUCGUUUUGGGUCUUCUCAUCUCGUGCACCCUCAGUUACAGAAUCACUAUAGAAUGUGACGAAGAUGGUCUUGGACUUAUAGGCGGAGACGGGACAGGGAUGUCAGGCUUACUUUCUCUUCUAGCUGGCAAAAAGGGUGCAGGUCUUGGACUUGGUGGUGGUAUGGCAGGUGAUGGUCUGAGCCUGGGGGGUGGUGGUGAUGGACUGGGGCUGGGAGGUAAUGACGGUUUUGGCCCUGGUAUUGAAGGUGAUAUGUCUGAUGCCGCCGACCUCUACGAUGUCCUAGGAAGCAGCCACGAUGACGAGGGACUAGGUCUGCCUAAGGACGCUGAUCUUUUGGGUUUGGUCGGAGGAGACGAUAAUGAUGAGGAUGAUGACGACGUGGACGAUUUGUCUGCAUCGCUGAGGGAACUCGCUAAAGCUCUUCAAGAAAACAAGCAGACCGCUGAGGCUGAGGCUCUCAACAAUGCUGCUGACGUCAUUGACAAACUGAGCGAGCAGUUGAACAAGGAGGUGGAGGGUGAGUUAAAGAAGGGGGAGAGCGAGCUGGAGAAGGAGGCUGAGAAAGCGGCACAGGAAGAAGAUGAAGAGGACAAGAUGUUGGAAACUGAGCUGACUAAUGAGGUGGACAAGGAAACACAGGAAGAGGCCAACGAACAGAAAGAGGAGAACAAAGUCUUGGAACAACUUGAUUCAACAUCACCUCUUCCAUGAACAAACCAGUUUAUAACAUAAGCUGUACGAUAUCGACUGUGCUGAACUGGAAAACCAUCUGAUGAAAUUUGUGUUACAAACACAGCACAACUUACAUCGGGACGCCAAGGAGUAUAUAUGUAAAGAAACUUCAUCUGUGAUGAAGAAAUACUUUAUAUUACUGCAAAUAAAAACUGUUACUACAA